AUGCUCAAUACUAGAAAUAUAAGGUUAGUACUUGCAGUAUUAGCUAUACUUGGUAUAAUAGCAUUUUUUGCAACAUCUCAAAAUUCAAUAGGAGAAAACAUACAAAGAGUAAAUAAACCAGCUGCCAACAGUGAUAUAAAAGUUGAAUCACCUGUAGAUAAUAAAAAUCAAAAAGAAGAGAUUAAACAACAAAUACCUCAACAACAACAACAACAACAAUCAGCAGAAAUUGAAAUUGAAGAUGAUGAAAGUUCAAAUACUUUACAAGGAUCUAAAUAUCAAGGUACUAAAGCUCCAUAUGAAAAAGAUGAUAAACCAAAAAAAGUAAUAGCUGAAAAAUUUACACCAGAAAGUAAUAAAGAAACUAAUGAUAAAACUAAGAUUACAACACCAAAAGAAUCUAAUUUUAAACAAGAUUGUAAUGAUGUUGAAUAUGUUAUAAUGAUAGAUGCAGGAAGUUCAGGUUCAAGAAUUCAUGUAUAUGAAUUUAAUACAUGUGUUCAACCUCCAAAAGUAUUAUCUGAAGAAUUUAAAAAAUUAGAACCUGGUUUAAGUUCUUAUGAUACUGAUACUAUUGGAGCAGCAAAAUCUUUAGAUCCAUUAUUAGAAGUAGCUUUAUCUAAAAUACCUGAAUCAAAACAAAAAUGUACACCAAUUGCUGUUAAAGCAACUGCUGGUUUAAGAUUAUUAGGUGAAACUAAAUCAGAAGCAAUAUUACAAGAGGUUAAGAAACAUUUACUCGAAAAUUAUCCUUUCGCGGUUGUACCUGGAGAUGGAAUUUCUAUAUUAGAUGGAAAAGAUGAAGGAGUAUAUGCAUGGGUUACAGCAAAUUAUUUAUUAGGAAAUAUUGGAAAUAAAGAUAAAUUACCAACUGCAGCAGUAUUUGAUUUAGGUGGAGGAUCCACUCAAAUUGUAUUUGAACCUGAAUAUAAAGAUCAAUUACCAAUAGAAGGAGAAACAAAACAUAAAUUUUCAUUUGGUGAACAUGAUUUUACAUUGUAUCAAUUUAGUCAUUUAGGUUAUGGAUUAAUGGAAGGUAGAAAUAAAAUAAAUAAAUUAAUAUUAGAAAAAUAUUUAAAAAAAGAAGAAGGAUCAAAAUUGAAAUCUUAUAAAACAAAAGAUGAAGCAAAAGAAGUUAAUGCUGAUGUUGAAUUAUUGAAUCCUUGUAUUGCACCUGAAGUUAUAGCAAAAAAUAUUCAAGUUAAAAUUGAUGAUAAUAUUUAUGUUGUUAAUAUGAAAGGACCAUCACAAGCUUCAGGUGGAGCUCAAUGUAGAUAUUUAGCAGAACAAAUUUUAAAUAAAGAAGCUUCAUGUAAUUCAAAACCUUGUUCAUUUAAUGGAGUUCAUCAACCAUCAUUAACUCAUACUUUUAAUAAAAAUUCAGAUAUGUUUAUAUUUUCAUUUUUUUAUGAAAGAACAAAUCCAAUUGGAAUGCCAUCAAGUUUUACAGUUGAAGAAUUAAGAGAUUUAACAAAAUCAGUAUGUUCUGGAGAAUCAAUGUGGAAAGAUUUCUUUUUAGAUGAUCAUUUAAUAAAUUUAUCAAAAAAUCCUUUAUGGUGUUUAGAUUUAAGUUUUAUAACUGCUAUGUUACAUACAGGUUAUGAUAUUCCUUUAAAUAGAGAAUUAAGAACUGCUGAAAAAAUAGAUAAUAAUGAAUUAGGUUGGUGUUUGGGAGCUUCUUUACCUUUAUUAGAUAAAACAAAUCCUACUUGGAAAUGUAGGGAAUAA